AUGCGUUUUGUAGAUAUGGAUCAAUUUGUGUUUGUAAACAAAAUAAAGUUUAGCUAAAGAAACUUCAGCGUACAGUUUACAUAGUAUUGACAGGCCUGUAUAAAGUCGCGCCAGUCAAAAAUCAUAAAAAGCGACAUUUAAAGUUAUGGUAGCCAGAACUAAAUAAAGUUAUGUUAAGUAUCAUCAAACGAUCCGGCAAAAAUGUUUAAUAUAAGUACACUUAUAUAUACAUAAAUGUAUAUAAAUAUAUAUAAAGAAACACACUAUGUUGAUCAGCUGAAUCAUUUCAGAUUCCCAACUGAAAAUGGCGCUAUGGCACUCUCAAAACAAGACUUCUACAGGCGGUGUAGGAUUCCAAACGUUCUCGGUGCUGUUGAUGGGACUUUGGUUCCAAUUCUAGGCCCUUCCGAAAAUGAAGAGGCAUAUAUUUGUAGAAAGGGGUUUCACGCCAUCAAUGUGCAAGCUGUUUGUGAUUCUCGAAUGAAUUUCAUAGAUGUAGUUGCAAAGUGGCCAGGUUCGCAGCAUGAUGCUUCCAUUUUCAACACCUGUGGUCUAAAGGAACACCUGGAAAGAACACAUGCAGGAAUUUUGCUUGGGGAUAGCGGAUAUGGCCUGAGAAGAUAUCUUCUCACACCUAAACAAAAUCCCAUGACAGAGUCUGAAAGGCGUUACAAUAAUUACCAUGCCAGGGGAAGAGUGGUUAUUGAAAGAGCGUUUGGUGUGCUGAAAUCUAGAUUUCGAUGCCUACACAAAUCUGGUGGUGUACUUCCAUUCAACCCUACAAAAAGUUCUCAUGUUGUUGUGGCCUGUAUGAAGCUGCAUAAUCUGUGCAUAACGUUCAACGUGAAGGAACCACAAGAUGCAGUCCAUGUGAAUGAGCUGGCAAAUGAGGAUGUCUUAAAUGAGCAUGAUGACAAUGCGCAUUCAUUUAGACAGGCAAUCAUUAACAUGUUUUGAAUGACUGGUUAUAAGCACGUUGUAAUUUUGUAUAGCUGUAGUUAAACAAUUCAAUUCAAAUUGAUAUGAACUGUUUUGUUUACAUAAAAGUUUACUGUAUUUAUGCCCCCCUUCGAAGAAGAGGGGGUAUAUUGUUUUACACAUGUCGGUCGGUCCGUCCACCAGAUGGUUUCCGGAUGAUAACUCAAGAACGCUUAGGUCUAGGAUCAUGGAACUUCAUAGGUACAUUACUCAUGCCUGGCAGAUGACCCCUAUUGAUUUUUAGGUCACUAGGUCAAAACGUAAAGGUUACAGUGACUCGAAAUAGCAAAAUGGUUUCUGGAUGAUAACUAUAGAAUGCUAACGCCUAGGAUCAUGAAACUUCAUAGGAACAUAGAAUAUGAUUGGGCAGAUGACCCCUAUUGAGUGUCAGGUCACUAGGUCAAAGGUCAAGGUCACAGUGACUCGAAACAGUAAAAUGGUUUCCGGAUGAUAACUCAUUAAUGCUUACGGCUAGGAUCAUGAAACUUCAUAGGUACAUUGAUCAUGACUGGCAGAUGACCCCUAUUGAUUUUCAGGUCACUAGUUCAAGUUCACAGCGACUUGAAAGAGUAUAAUGCUUUUCUGAUCAUAACUCAACAAUAAUUAGGUCUAGGAUCAAGAAUAUUCAUAGGUGAAUUGAUCAUGACUGGCAGAUGACCCCUAUUGAUUUUCAGGUCACUAGGUUAAACAAAUUAUUCAAACAAUGGCUGCCACUACAACUGACAGCCCAUAUGGGGGGCAUGCAUGAUUUACAAACAGCCAUUGUUAUAGUUACACAUUUUUCAAAUGACCUUUCAAAAUAUGACAUUUAGUUAUUAA